CCAUCCGUCCAAUCGAAGAGGACAAGGCAGAGACGCAGCUGCCUGUCAGUUUCUUCCCUGCUCCUAGUUCCUGAGCACCCGGCGAUGACCCAGGCGUGAGUCGUGAAUGUACACGGACGGACGGAUCGUUCGCUAUUGCAGGAAAAGCAGCCUGUCCUGCUAAUGUUUCAUCAUCAGCAGUGGUUCUAAGCAUCACCUCAGGAGGUUCUACACAGAGCAACAUGCUGCACCUCCUCCUCCUCCUGUCCCUCACUCUCCCCUCCACUGACUCUCUUCCAGAUGCAUCUGUCUUCGGAGGGGAACCUGGUUUCUACGGAGACGAUGCUACAGGUUACGGGCCGGUGUUUGAGGAUCAGCCGGUCGAAACCAUCUACCCUGAGGAGUCGCCUGAGGCCAAAAUCACCAUGAGCUGUCGAGCACGAGCCAACCCACCUGCCACAUACCAGUGGAGGUUGGACAGCCGGAACAUAGACCUGGACGGUGAUAACCAUUACACUCUGGUCGGGGGCGACCUGGUCAUCUCUAACCCCAUCAAGAACAAACACGUUGGGAACUACUCCUGUGUGGCCACCAACGACUACGGCACCGUGGUCAGCCGAGAGGCUGGCGUCCAGUUUGGAUACCUGGACUUCUUCUCGUCUGAGGAAAGAGAGGCGGUGCGCGUGAAGGAGGGCCAGGGGGCAGUCCUGCUCUGCGCUCCUCCUCCACACUACCCAUACGAGCUGUCAUUCCGCUGGAUUCUGAAUGAGUUCCCCAUCUUCAUCACGCUGGAUAAACGUCGCUUUGUCUCCCAGACCACAGGGAACCUCUACAUCUCUAAGGUGGAUUCAUCAGACAGUGGCAACUACUCCUGCUUCGUCUCCAGCACAUCCAUCACCAAGAGCGUCUUCAGCAAGUUCAUCCCCCUCGUCCCCCUGGCUGAACGUCCAAUCAGGAAAUACCCCGCUGACAUCAAAGUCAAGUUCCCAGACACUUACGCGCUGGUGGGACAGAAUGUCACAAUGGAAUGCUUCGCCCUGGGAAACCCCAUCCCUCAGAUCCGCUGGAAGAAGAUGAACGGAGAGCUGCCGUCCAAUCACGACGUCAGCAUGGCGGGCGCCCGCCUCCACCUGUACAACGUGCAGUAUGAGGACGAGGGGACAUACGAGUGCGAGGCCCUCAACUCCAAAGGAAAGGACUGGCACAGGGCACGGGUCUCUGUAGAAGCAUUCCCAGAGUGGACAGAGUCCAUCAACAGUACAGAGAAGGACAUCAGUAGUGACUACACCAUGUCCUGUGUGGCUAGCGGCAAGCCCAAACCCCGCGUACAAUGGCUCAAGAACAGCUAUCCCUACGAUAAGCGCGAUCUGAGGUUCAGUGGUCUGACGUUCGAGGACUCUGGGAUGUACCAGUGUAUAGCAGAGAACCGCCAUGGAGUCAUCUAUGCUAACGCAGAGCUGCGAGUGAUUGCGUGCGCCCCCACGUUUGAGCACAACCCUGUGAAGUGGAGGAUUCUGGGAGCUAAGAACGGCAGAGUGGUCAUAGAGUGUAAACCGAAAGCAGCUCCCAAACCCUCGUUCUCCUGGAGCAAGGGCGCCGAACUGCUCUUCAACUCUACCAGGGUGUUAAUCUGGGAGGAUGGUAGUCUGGAGAUUCUGAAUGUGACCGAAGCAGACGAGGGGCGUUACACCUGCUUUGCUGAGAACAAUCGGGGCAAGGCCAACAGCACAGGCUCCCUCUCCAUCACAGAGGCCACUAAGAUCACCUUGGCUCCUUCCAACGCAGACGUGACGGUGGGGGAGAGUACCCACAUGCAGUGCGCCGCGUCACAUGACUCCACGCUGGACAUCACAUUCGUCUGGACCCUGGACGCCCACGCCAUCGACUUCGACCGGGAGGGAUCCCACUAUGAACGCAACCUGAAUGGCGAUUCCAGUGGAGAGCUGAUCAUUAAGAACACCCAGCUGAAUCACUCUGGACGUUACACCUGCACCGCCCAGACCCCUGUGGACAACGUCACCGCAUCCGCCAAUCUGGUGGUCAGAGGUCCACCUGGGUCUCCAGGUGGGGUGCGCGUGGAGGAGAUCAGGGAUAAGAGUGUGCGUCUGAUCUGGAGCCGAGGUACAGACAACCACAGCCCCAUCUCUAAAUACACUAUCCAGGGCCGGGACUCGUUCUCUCAGGAGGACUGGAGAGAUGCCACCACAUCCCCUCCGGAUGUGGAAGGAAAUGCAGAGACAGCCACGGUGGUGGACUUGCUUCCCUGGACAGAGUAUGAGUUCAGGGUGAUAGCCACCAACACCCUGGGGACAGGAGACCCCAGCAGCCCCUCUCCCAAAGUCACCACGCUGGAGGCAGUUCCUGUGGUGGCUCCCUCAGACAUCGGCGGCGGUGGCGGGAACAGCAGGGAGCUGACCAUAACUUGGACGCCGGUGCAGCCACAGUACUACUAUGGACGUAACUUUGGCUACAUCAUCGCCUUCAAGCCCCGGGAUGGCUACGAGUGGAGGAAGGUGACUGUGGCAGACCCCGAGGCUAAACACUACGUCCACAAAGACUCCUCCAUCCUCGCCUCCACAGAGUUUGAGGUCAAAGUCAAGGCCUUCAACAGCAAAGGGGAAGGACCCUAUAGUCUCAUGGCUGUCGUCUACUCUGCGCGGGACGUGCCAUCUAAAGCCCCUACUAGUGUGGGGGCCAGGGCGCUGUCCGCCACUGAGGCCAUCGUGUGGUGGCUUCCUGUCACUCAGCACACCGUAGAAGGCUACCAGGUGCGGUACUGGAGGAAGGCGGAGGACAGCGAGACGUCCAGUCAGAGGGUGGUGGUGUCCAGCAGAGAGAACCAGACCAGGCUGGAUAAUAUGACCCCAGACUCCCACUACCUCGUAGAGGUCAAGGCCUACAAUGCAGCCGGAUACGGACCCAGCAGCCAACACUUGCAGAUCUACACCAAGAAAGCCCCCCCAAGCCGGCCUCCUAAAAUAAUCAGUAAAAAGCUGAAAGGAACGUCAGUAAACAUCGCCUGGGAACAUGUCGAACCCUUGGCCAACGAAUCAACAAUAGAUGGCUACAAGGUCCUGUACAGGCAGGCCAGCAAAUCCACUGGGAUGCUGUUUACCACUGGGAAACGGUCCAUAGACCUGCCCAUGCACAAGGAUGGGGACUACAUAGUGGAGGUCAGGGCUCACAGCGAGGGAGGGGACGGGGCUGUGGCCCAAGUACGCAUCUCAGCUGGAGGCGUCAUGGCUGCCAAGUCCCUCAGCUUGGCCUCCCUGCUCCUGGUGGCUCUGCUCUGCCUGAUGGGCCUCUGAAUGUCGCGCCAUCUUUAUCUGUGAAGGAGACUCUGUGAAGUUGACGCCUAUCUAUGACAACUUUGGUUUCCACAACCUCUGGUUUCACCCCGCAGGCCAAAAACCCAGUUUCGAGGAAUUAAGGCUCUGUUUGUGGAAAAAGACACAAUACAAAAUUUGGACAAAGAAGAUAUCUGGGAUCUCUCUUAUUUUAACCCUACAUUAUCUUUAAAGGAGGAGCGUCUAAGGAGGUCUUUCAACUUUUUCAAUAUGCCUUAUAUGUAAACGGUUACACUUAUCUUUCACAAUGCCAUGACUUGCUCUUGACUGGGUGAGGUGUUAGUGCAUAGGUACUACACAAAGAUGGCAGGUAACUGUUUCCAACAAUAUUGUGAUACAGGCCUUUCUUGUUCAUUCAUGAAGGUACAGUAGCUUCAAAGUGUGUGUUUUAUUUGAUGUAUGGCAUUAUGGACAAUUGUUACAACAUAGCAUUCCACAUAUACUGUAUAUAUAAGCUUAGCAGGUAAUAUAGCUGUGAAGGAUAAGUGUAUGAGUUUAUGAAAAUGUCUUUAUGUGUUUUAAUUGCAUUUCAGUGGCUUUUUCUUUCCCUCUUUCGUUUCUUUUCAAGAUGAAUUACACCAUCCCCUUACAGAGGUACAGUCAAACCACAUCCUAAGAUGUAUCUUAUCGAACAUCAUCAGACAAAAAGAGCAAUUCAUGUAAUACUAAUAUAAUAUAUGCAACGUAUAUGGUUUUGCUAUCGAAUAAGUACAUAUAGCCAGUACAUAUAGCUUACUAUUAACGCUGUAACUUCUUUGUUCAGAGAAACAUUGAUUUUUUUUAUCUCACAAAAACAUGCUUAUUUCCAACUCAUAACAUUCUCUAAAAUGAAUAGACCAGUUUACAAGUGUUUGCAUGUCGACAUUGUUAUCGGAAAGAUUUUCCUGACAGAACAAGAGAAACUUCUCAGCCAGAGUGACGCGAGCAUUUUUAGCACAUGUGUAUGUAAAAGUUGAAUGUAUUGACAAACUGUUGGGAACAAGAAUUAGCUUGAAAACAUAUCAGACCUGCAGUUUGUAUAUAUCCAUAAAAAUUAUGCUGAUUCAUGAUUUCGACUGGCUGAGAAAAGCUGCCUGCCUGUCUGUCUGUCUCUUAUCCGGACUCCCGACAAGUUCGAAUAUUGAAACAAUGUUGCAAAUAUCUGAGAGACAGACAGCAAGGUUUAUACAAAUCUCCGCUGUUGAAAACUAAAUGUUAGUCUUAAAGAAAUGUGAGAUCAUGUCUAGAUGCUUUUUAUAGUGGAGAUCAAGUUUAUAAAUUGUGACCGACCGGCUUAAAUCGGUCUCAAAAUUUGAAGUUGUGUUUUGUACAUUGGAUAAAAGUGGAGACUCAGAGCUACAAAAUGGUAUAUCAUACACUGCAUUUUGAAGAACAAUGGGAAAGUAAUUCUGCUUUGAAAGUUGAUAAACUUGUAAACUCACUUUUGAGAAAAUGGCCUUUGAAUGUUUUGGUACCUACUGGAGAGCUCUCCUUUGUCUACACCCAUGCAGCAUUGUUCACACCCUCUUAAAAUGGGUGGGGCUAAACAAUGAACCAUAAUCCCAAUCCAUAGAGUACUAGCAAUACAAAACGAUUGUCAUAGCUAGCUAAAGUUACCCAAAUAGGUUCAGUGUUAGCUAGUUAGCUUGCUAACAUUAGGCUAUAACUAGCAAUGCGAAAUGGCAUUCUGAUAUAACAUUGAAGUUACUACACACAGAUCAUAAACAUAAUAUUAGCUAGCGGGCCUGCCAUCUAAUGUCAGCUAGCUCGCUAACAGCAAGCGUUAGCUUGCAAUGAAAACAACUUUCUGACAAAAUUAUAAACGUAUAAUAUCUGAAACUGUAGCUAGACUCUUACCCGUAUACAUGGACGAAUGCUUCACGGCAGAUUGCAACCCCUUUCAUUAAAUAAGACAUCCUGUUUUGCUUGUACGCUUUUUUGCCAACGCUUACUGACAUAUUUAACUGCUGUUAUUCUGCACUCUGGCACACUCAGACAAGAGUGCUCUGAAACAGUUGUUGCAGUGACAUUCUAUUGAAAUGGAUACUUGCAUAGUUGGAGUCUUUUGUUAAGUUUUACUACACGAUAAAUCAAAUAAAAAAGCCGUGUUAGAUAGGAUUACCUAGACAUAAUGACCAGCUCAAAUAGACAGAAGCCUGCUAUAUGGCAGACCAAUCCAAACUCAUCUCUUGGCAUGUCCAGCCCACUCAUUAUCUCAGCCAAUCAUGACUAGCGGGAAGGUUGCUGUCUUUUUAACCAACUGUGCUCGUAAUUUAACAAUUUUAUUUGUAUAGAGCCUUGCAAAAGUAUUCAUCCCCCUUGGCGUUUUUUUCCUAUUUUGCUGCAUUACAACUUGUAAUUUAAAUGGAUUUUUAUUUGGAUUUCAUGUAAUGGACAUACACAAAAUAGUCCAAAUUGGUGAAGUGAAAUGAAGAAAAUUACUUGUUUCAAAAAAUUAUAAAGAAUAAUAAACGGAAAACUGGUGCGUGCAUAUGUAUUCACCCCCUUUACUAUGAAGCCCCUAAAUAAGAUCUGGUGCAACCAAUUACCUUCAGAAGUCACAUAAUUAGUUAAAGAAAGUCCACCUGUGUGCAAUCUAAGUGUCACAUACCUGUCACAUGAUCUCAGUAUAUAUACACCAGUUCUGAAAGGCCCAAGAGGCUGCGACACCACUAAGCAAGGGGCACCACCAAGCAAGUGGAACCAUGAAGACGAAGGAGCUCUCCAAACAGGUCAGGGACAAAGUUGUGGAGAAGUACAGAUAAGGGUUGAGUUAUAAAAAAAUAUCCGAAACUUUGAACAUCCCACGGAGCACCAUUAAAUCCAUUAUUAACAUUUUUUAAGAAUAUGGCACCACAACAAACCUGCCAAGAGAGGGCCACCCACCAAAACUCACAGACCAGGCAAGGAGGGCAUUAAUCAGAGAGGCAAUAAAGAGACCAAAGGUAACCCUGAAGGAGCUGCAAAACUCCACAGCUGAGAUUGGAGUAUCUGUCCAUCGGACCACUUUAAGCCGUACACUCCACAGAGCUGGGCUUUAUUGGAAGAGUGGCCAGAAAAAAAACAUUGCUUAAAGAAAGAAAUAAGCAAAUAUGUUUGGUGUUCGCCAAAUAGCAUGUGGGAGACUCCCCAAACAUAUGGAAGAAGGUACUCUGGUCAGAUGAGACUAAAAUUGAGCUUUUUGGCCAUCAAGGAAAAUGUCUGGCGCAAACCCAACACCUCUCAUCAACCCAAGAACACCAUCCCCACAGUGAAGCAUGGUGGUGGCAGCAUCAUGCUAUGGGGAUGUUUUUGGUGGCAGGGACUGGAAAACUGGUCAGAAUUGAAGGAAUGAUGGAUUGCACUAAAUACAGGGAAAUUCUUGAGGGAAACUUGUUUCAGUCUUCCAGAGAUUUGAGACUGGGACGGAGGUUCACCUUCCAGCAGGACAAUGACCCUAAGCAUACUGCUAAUGCAACACUCGAGUGGUUUAAGGGGAAACAUUUAAAUAUCUUGGAAUGGCCUAGUCAAAGCCCAGACCUCAAUUCAAUUGAGAAUCUGUGGUAUGACUUAAAGAUUGCUGUACACCAGUGGAACCCAUCCAACUUGAAGGAACACUGGACACAGUUAUGUUUUGCCUUGAAGAAUGGGCAAAAAUCCCAGUGGCUAUAUGUGCCAAGCUUAUAGAGACAUACCCCAAGAGACUUGCAGCUGUAAUUGCUGCAAAAGGUGGCUCUACAAAGUAUUGACUUUGGGGAGGUGAAUGCAUGCUCAAGUUUUCAUUUUUUUUGUCUUAUUUCUUGUUUGUUUCACAAUAAAAAAUAUUUUGCAUCUUCAAAGUUGCAGGCAGUUGUGUAAAUCAAAUGAUACAAACCCCCAAAAAAUCUAUUUUAAUUCCAGAUUGUAAGGCAACAAAACAGGAAAAAUGCCAGGGGGGUGAAUACUUUGGCAAGCCACUGUAUUUACAGAUGGAAUACAAGUUUGUUAUUAAGGCUCAUGAAAGUUCACAUGUUCGAGAAGUCAUUUCUGCCAAUGAACGCAUUUUGAUAAAUAAAAACGUUUAAGUUCAAA